CCGUCCGGACGAUGCCACAGGUGACUUCGACGCCCGACCAGGGGACCCUCGGGCAAAACGGGAAGCCUGGCCAAUGAGAUAGACAGGCUCGGGGGACCCGGGCACAGCGCGGCACCGCCACCAUGUGCGAGCUGUACAGCAAAGAGGACACGCUGGCGCUGCGGGGCAAGCACAUCGGGCCCUCCUGCAAGGUGUUCUUCGCUAAGGACCCCGUGAAGAUCGUGCGGGCCGAGCGACAGUACAUGUUCGACGAGCGCGGCCAGCGCUACCUCGACUGCAUCAACAACGUGGCCCACGUGGGGCACUGUCACCCCCAGGUGGUCGAAGCCGCCCACAGGCAGAUGGAGCUGCUCAACACCAAUUCCCGCUUCCUGCACGACAACAUGGUGGCCUACGCCCAGCGCCUGGCGGCCACCCUGCCCCAGCAGCUCUGUGUCUGCUACUUCACAAACUCGGGAUCUGAAGCUAAUGACUUAGCCUUACGCCUGGCUCGGCAGUUCCGGGGCCACCAAGAUGUGAUCACCCUGGACCAUGCUUAUCAUGGUCACCUAUCAUCUUUAAUUGAGAUCAGUCCAUAUAAAUUCCGGAAGGGCAAAGAUGACAAGAAAGAAUUUGUACACGUGGCCCCAGUUCCCGACACUUACAGAGGGAAGUACCGGGAAAACCAUCCGGACCCCGCGGGCGCUUACGCAGACGAAGUGAAGAAAAUCAUUGAGGAAACGCGUGCCAGUGGGAGGAAGAUCGCCGCCUUUAUUACUGAAUCCAUGCAGAGUUGUGGUGGACAAAUAAUCCCUCCAGCAGGCUACUUCCAGAAAGUGGCAGAACACGUCCGCAGCGUGGGAGGCGUGUUUAUCGCCGAUGAAGUACAGGUGGGCUUCGGCCGAGUUGGGAAGUGUUUUUGGAGCUUCCAGAUGCAAGGCGAAGACUUUGUUCCAGACAUCGUCACCAUGGGAAAGCCGAUGGGCAAUGGCCACCCCAUGGCAUGUGUGGUGACAACCAAAGAAAUCGCAGAAGCCUUCCACAGCUCUGGGAUGGAGUACUUCAAUACGUAUGGAGGAAACCCAGUAUCUUGUGCUGUGGGUUUGGCUGUCCUGGAUAUAAUCGAAGAGGAAGACCUCCGAGGAAAUGCUGUGAGAGUUGGAAAUUACCUUACUGAAUUACUGAAUAAGCAGAAGGCCAAACACAUGUUGAUAGGAGAUAUUAGGGGCGUUGGUCUUUUCAUCGGAAUUGACUUAGUGCAGGACCGAGAGAGAAGAACCCCCGCCACCGCCGAAGCCCAGCACAUCAUCUACAAGAUGAAGGAGAAACGCGUGCUUCUCAGCGCCGACGGACCGCACCGAAAUGUGCUUAAGAUAAAACCACCCAUGUGCUUCACUGCGGAAGACGCCGAGUUCGUGGUGGAGCAGCUGGACGGGGUUCUGACAGUUUUAGAAGAAUCCAUAAGAAGCCAAACCAAACUGGUGAUCUCUGAGAAUAUCCCACACAGAACAAAGAUGCUUAAGGAGUCCCCCGGGGACCUGCUCGAUGAGAACACCCCUGAGGCCACAGAAAAUGCCAGCAGGAAGAGGAAUGGUGAGUGCAGGAAGCACUCGCUGCUCAGCAAAAGGCUCAAAACGUGACAGCCGCCAGCCACAGGGAGCUGUCUCCUGAUGGUUCUGUCCCAACCGGACUGCACCACACACACACACAGCACCACACAGCACCACACCGCAGAGGAGAACAUCUGCCCACUUACAUUUAAAAAUGCAAGGGUCACUGAGAAUAGGAAUAAACCCAGAUAGUCAGAUGGAGUCAAGAUUGUUAUGUCAGCCCGUAAUUCCUGCCCUGAGAUUUCUGAACGUACUGAACUUAUUAAUUAUAUAAUUAAAUUGAAGCCUGCAAACACAGGAUUCAGCGGGCAGGUUGACAUCUCGUGUCUUAAUGUUUGAAAGUAGGCAGCCAUGGAUAAUAGAUUCCUUAGCUUUGGGGACUUAGUGCAUUAAACUAUAAAUUCUAUGAGAUUUAAUAUGUAAGAAUCUAUUUAUGAACUGUUAUUAAAUAAAAGAUCAGAUAAACACAAAAUUACUUAAAAA